AUGCGUACAUCUGAGAAUCGGGAGGACUUCAUCUACAUGCGGACAAUAUCUCCCGAGGAAAUGGAACUUUGCAAAGUCGGCAACUGCUAUGGCAACGGCAAUGGUCUAUUCUCAUUGUACCGAUACUGCUUCGGUGUAAUCCCGAAAACGGGGAGUUACAAUCCCCUGUGUCACUGGCAACAGCCCCAAUGUACACCCCUCCCUGCUGCUGCGGCUGCUUCUGCUGGGGCGGAGGUGGGUCAGGAGGAGCUGGAGGACAAGUGGGUGGAGCAGGAGGAGGAGAUGGCUGCCGCUGCCCGAGUACAUAUCGCUGUUGGGGAUGCUGGCAGAGUUUUCAGGCAGCGCGUUCGAGGCGCCCUCGCCCCGUCCUGCUCCACCUUUCACUGGCCAACUCUCUUUGCGUUCUCUUAGACAGCCGAACCGACUCUCUUUUUCUGGCGUACUUCACAGAUACAUUUUCAAAUGGUGCGUGUCCGGGGAAAGGUGAGCGCUUGCAUUCAUUGUCGUGUAAUGCUUGAUUAGUUGCCGCUACCUUUUGUAUUUGUAUAUUAUUUUCAAAAUAGAAUGUCGCCUCAAAGGUGCCGCUAAAAACAAACUCUCUUAGUGGGACAAAAGGGUUUGUCAUUUGGCGGGUUUUGCUGCGAUAUGUAUGUGGAGUUAACUGAAGGAUUUGUUUUUUCCUAUUUGGAUAAAUUAUUUGAUUAAAUGGUCUGUGCACUCUAGUUACAUAGAAAAAAAACAAUCAUAUUAUUUCAAUAACUCUAUAAAAUUUAUUAUUGUAAAUUAAACUUCAUAAAUAUAUUUAUGAAGAUUUAUUUAUGACUUUAUUUAUCCAUCUACUCUUUA